GAUUCUGCCAUAGUGGCGCUGAUGUCUACGUUCACUUCCGGUGUUGGUUGUCGAUAAGUGUUAAUUUAGUGGUGGCGUGUUUAAGGCUUAAGAUGGCAGAAUACCACAACAAAAACAACGAAUUUAAACUCUCAUGGGAUUCUCCAUAUCCAAGCGAUUAUAAGUUUCACACUAAUAAAAUGGGAAACAAUAGUGGGACAAGUUUACAAACAGCGAGAAUGGAAGGUGGGAGUACAAACAUUCCAGGUCUCUCGUAUUUUGACCCCGUACUGUUUAGUCAAGAUCCUUAUGAUGGAUAUACCAGCCCAUUGUCGUCAGCCCAAUGUUAUAACAACAGUGGGACAAGUUUGCAAACAUCAGAGAGAAUGGAAGGAGGGAAUAUAAACAAUUCAGGUCGCUCGUAUUUUGACCCAUCAGUGGUUAGUCAAGAUACUUAUGAUGGAUAUACCGGCCAAUUGUCGUCAGAUACCCAACGUAAUGGUACGCAGUGCGAGUUUGAAGAACCGCCUCUGCUUGAAGAACUUGGGAUCGAUACCGAUCGGAUUAUUGAAAAGAGUGUGGCAGUUUUGAAUCCAUUCUACAGUGACGUGAAAUUUAAUGUGAACAUAAUGUAUGAAACAGAUUUAGCAGGACCUGCAGCAUUGUGCAUUUUAUUGGGUGCUUGCCUGUUUCUUGCUGGGAGCAAGGCUCAUUUUGGUUAUGUUUAUGGAAUUGUUGUGAUAGGCUGCAUUGCUAUGUGUAUUUUGUUGACACUUAUGACUACAGAGGGCAGUAUACCACUUGGAUCUGUUCCUUCAGUUCUUGGUUAUUGUCUCUUACCUGUUGUUAUUUUGUCUGUUUUGGGUAUUUUUUUGCCCCUCUAUGGUCCAGUUGGAUUUAUGUGUGCAGCUUUGGCUGUGAUGUGGAGUAGUUUAUCAGCAUCAAAACUCUUUGUUAUGAUGUCAGGUGAUCCUCAGCAAAGAUAUUUAAUUGCAUAUCCGUGUGUUCUUCUGUAUGGAGCAUUUGCUCUUGCUGUUGUGUUUUGAAAACAGAUAUCAUUAUUCAUUCUUUUGUUAUUGUCAUAUGUACUUGAGAAAGAGAUAAUUCGUUUUGUCUUUAAAGUAUUACAGCAGUUCUUUGAUACAUAGUUUCUGUCAUAUGGUGUAUUGUAUGAAAAUGUGUACUACCUUGUGAUGUGUAAUCCAUAGUUAUUGAUAAUCAAAUGUCAUUGGCCUCUCUGUUUUCUAUGUACUUUACUACUAUAAUAUUUAUUUUGGAUUCUGUGUGCAGUAGACUUAUACAUUGUUAUUGUAAAAAUGUAGUCGCUUGCUCUUACUUAGUAUGAGGCCAGAUCUUGUGACUCCAUGUCACCAUAAUAGAAUGUAUCAGAUGAUGAAAAUAACAGAGUUAUUCCAGUA